AUGGCAGCAACACUCGUCAAAUCGCUCACUUCUGAGCCGUACAANUUUUUACAACCGCCGACAACAUUACACACGUCGUCGCUUGACUUCCUCAAACAAACACUCGAUCCGAUCGCCAAAUCCAUCGCCGAGACACAGCAACAGCGCUUGCAAGAUGCCCGUAAGAAAAGGAAGCGCGGUCAAAAUGACGAAGACGACGAGAUUCUGCGCCUGAAAAAGGUCCACGUCGACGGGUUCGCUGUCGAGCAAGUCUGGGAACAAGCAAGGCGCAUCAUCGACGCUGCCAGGAAAGAGGCUCAGCGCAACUUUGACGAGCUCGCCGAAAAGUACGCCAUCGAUGACUCUGAAGACGAGAGCGAGGGUGAGGAUGGCGAAGGCUUGUCAGAAGAAGGCGAGUCUGACAUUGGUGANAGAGGAGUCGACUACGAAGUCGAAGGCGAGGACGUGGACGGCGAAGAGGAGGAUGAUGACGAGGUCAUGGAGGUUGACGGCGAGGUUGACGACUACGAAGAGUCAGACAUCGAGGCCGAGGAUGAUGUCGAGAUGGGCAGCGAAGGCGAGUCCGAGGCAGAGAGUGAGGAAGCGGCCGAAUACGUGCCCGACCCGCACGGCCUGAACGACGGCUUCUUCUCCAUCGACGACUUCAACAAACAAUCAGAGUUCCUCGAACAAGCAGAUGCCCGUGGCGACAACGACUUCGACGACGAUGACGAGGAGGGUAUCGACUGGGGCUCCAACCCUCUGGGAGGCAGUACCACAAUCUCAAAAGCAGCACAGAACGACGACGAUGAAUCAGACGAUGAGGAUGGUCCGACAUUCGGCAACGUCGACUUGAACGCCCCCGAAGGUUUCAGUGACAACGAGGAAGAGGUUGAGGAGGGAGAGAUGGACGGCAUGGGAUCGCUUUCAAACACAAACGAGGUCAAGUACGCCGACUUCUUCGCCCCGCCAGCCAAAAAGGUCCGUAAGAACAAGAAGGGACGUCCGAACCCCCACAACUUCCCUGCCAAACAGGCCUCCCCAAGCGGUGCCGACGAGCCUGCAGAGAAUGAAGAAGAAAUGGAGCGUACCAUGGAGAAGGUUCACCGCGAUCUGUUCGACGAUGUGACAGAUGACGAGGAGGACGAGGAGAAUCUUGACCCAGCCGACCCUCGCUCCCGCCGUUCAGCACACGAGCGUCGCCAGGCCGCCCUCACAGAAGAGAUUCGUCGUCUGGAAGCCGCAAACGUUGCAAAGAGAGACUGGACUUUGUCUGGUGAGGCUCGCGCCGCUGACCGUCCCAUCAACUCUUUGCUCGAAGAGGACCUCGAGUUCGAACGUGUUGGUAAGCCCGUACCAGUCAUCACCGCCGAGAUUAGCGAAAGUCUGGAAGAGCUCAUCAAGCGUCGCAUUCUUGCCGAGGACUUCCAAGACAUCAUGCGUCGCCGUCCUGAUGAUUUGGCUACUGGCAGCUCAAGUAGACGCGGGCGUCUCGACUUCGAGCUCGACGACAGCAAGAGCAAAAAGUCUCUCGCCGAAAUGUACGAGGAGGAGCACCUCAAAGCUACCGACCCCAACUACGUCGAUGCGAAGGAUGAAAAGACACAGAAAGAGCAAAAGGAGAUCGACGCUUUAUGGCGCGAUAUCAGCAACAAGCUCGACAGUCUCAGCUCCUGGCACUUCAAGCCCAAGGGCCCUGCCACACAACUCGACAUCCGCGUCGACGCACCCGUUGUGCGUCUCGAGGAUGCCCGUCCCACUGCCGGCGCCGAAGCCGCUGCCGCAUCUCAACUCGCACCACAAGAAAUCUACAAGGCUGGCGAGGCAGCCGAGAAGGCAGAGGCCGAGAUUGCCACCCGCGGCGGCCUGGUCGUCAACCGCGAAGAAAUGAGCAGAGAAGACCGCAAGCGUCGCCGCAGACGCGACAAGGAGCGCGAGAAGAAGUCACUGGCCAACGUCGAUCCCUCCAAGAAGGAGAGCAAGAAGACAAAGGAGAGGAAGGGCAUCAUCAGCGAUCUCAAGAAGGGUGGUGUCAAGGUCAUUGGCAACAAAGGACAGAUCACAGAUGUCUCGGGCGCUGCUGUCAAGGAUGCCAAAGCCCCUUCUGCUGGUGGUUCUUACAAGCUGUAA